GCAUUUCAAACUAUCUACUCAAACCCAACACUUCUUACUACAACCAACUAACCAAGUCGGAUACCCCCGAGUAUUUACACCGAACCUUUUUUCACACUCCAAAGCCCACCAUGGUGAAUCAUAUAUGGUCAGUACCCGAGGUCGAGUUCCUCAAAUCAAUCUCCAAAUCACGGUCUUCUGGAGAGAUAAAAGGCUCCACGCUCCUCAGCAUAUUUUUGACCGAACAAGCACGACAUCGACCCGGCGGCGAUCUUCAUUCUUCGGAAUGCUGGCCGCAUAGAUUGAUACAGCGCGGGCCCCUCAAACUGAAGUAUCGCGAAUGCUGCAACGGAGCCGAUGAGAUGACUGCGGCGAACGCGCAAAGGAUGAAGCGACAAAGUAGAAUUCAGACGCCGAUGCAAGAGCAACUGCAACAGCAAGUGCGAGAGCAGAGAGAAGUGCCAGUUCAAGUCCCACUCCAAGCCCCACAGACACAGCAAGUGCUCUUCCAAGUUCCACUCCAAGCCCCACAGACACAGCAAGUGCCUUUCCAAGUUCCAAUGCAAGGCCCCGUCAACCAAGCCUCAAGGCCUUCAUUCCCUCCAGGCACCAUUCUCCUCCGAGCAGGCAACAUCCGAGUCUCAGGCGGCAGCAUUCGCAUCCCACCGAACUGUCUACUCCUCCCGGACAAGCAGAUUCUCCUACCCAACGGACGAAUUCUGAUCAAAACCCCGCAAGCUUCUCCUCCUCAUGGCACUCCACAGCCCGAGAAUCGAAGUCAACCCCGAGCCGGUGCUCUCACGCUCGCUCCCGCUCACUUUCAAACUCUCCGAAGAAGCCCCGCUCUUCGUCUUGCGCUUCCGCGCAUCCGUCAAGUCGUUGGGAGAGAGUUGCAAGGAAGAGCCCAUUUGAACGCUACUACGAUUGCUCGCGGGCAAGUGACUCGUCAUAGACAGCGCUCUACAGCUACCGAGCUCUCGCCUCAGCUUACCCCCCUGGGAAGAACCCGCAGACAACCCAUUAUCAUCGCCGAUGAUGAAGAUUCUUCACCUGCUGGCGCCGAGAUCCCCGUUUCCGAUUCGCGAAAUGACACUCCAGCGUUUGCUCGCGAGUUUCGAAAUCUCGCAGUUGAUGGUUCCGAGAAGGAAGAUUCUUCCCCUGCUUCUCCUGUUGUCUCGGUUGAUCUGAUGGCUUUGGUGAGUAUUUUGAAUUAGAUUUCUUUUCUGGUGGUAAGUUUUGAUGAUGAUGAUGAUCAGGCUGGUUCUGAUCUCGUCUCACAAUUUCUUUAUUGUCUUUGUUCUGGAGUUUUGUAAUUUAACUAAAUUGACUUUUCUUUUAAAAAAAUCCUGUGCCAUUUGUGAUAUUUGUGAGUGUACA